UUUGACUCUUACAUAAACCGCGUCUCAUCUUCUCACCCGUCCAUCAUCUUCCACCGUUUCCCUUCCAUCAUUGUCACUCACUCAAGCACUCAAAGCUUAGCGACAACCGGAUGCCUAUUCAUAAAAAGAAAUGCUGUCAAUGUUGAAUCCAAACUCUGUCAACUCACUCAAACCUCUGUUAUCAAAGUCUUCAUUAUUGAUAUGUUUUGCACUUCUGCCAUGGAAAUAGCUUCCACCAUGGGAAUUCCUGUUUACUAUUUAUUCACUACUGGAGCUUCUGCUUUGGCUCUGUAUUCCUACUUUCCAAAAAUUCACCGCGAAACAAUGGUGUCAUUAAAAGAAAUGGUGGGAGUUGAGAUUCUGAUGCCAGGAAAUUCAGCAUUGAAAGCAGAGUUGAUGCCGACACCGGUUCUUGAUAGGGAAGAUCCUGCUUAUUGGGAGAUGUAUUUCUGUGAGCAACUUUCAAUGGUGAAGGGAAUCGUGGUGAAUACAUUUCGUGAAUUGGAAGUUGUGGCGGUUAAGGCUGUUGAAGAUGGCGUGUGUUUUCUGGAUAUCAAAAGAAGUCCGCCUCCCGUUUACUGCAUUGGGCCAUUGAUUGCUGACCCUCAACAAUCAGCGAAAGUUGCACUUGGAGAAUUUGGGUCAUCGACAAAAGCACUGGCAAAUUUGGUUCAAACAUGGAAUGAAAUCAAUCACUUAUAACUAAUUUCAUUGUCAUUAGUAUUAUCACUCAAUUAUUAUACCAGUUCAUUCAUUUUAGGUCCUUGGUUGUUUCACUUUUGUCCUUGUCUACUUUUUGUUCAAAACUACUGGAAUUAUGUUGCAGACAAUGUGAAAAAAGCAUGUUUUACUUUGGAAACCAUUGUUUUGAAAAUAUUGAUUU